AUGGGGUCAAGAAGAUACGAUUCGAGAACUACUAUUUUCUCUCCAGAAGGUCGUUUAUAUCAGGUUGAAUAUGCUUUAGAGUCGAUUUCUCAUGCUGGUACUGCUAUUGGUAUUAUGGCUGAAGAUGGUAUUGUCUUAGCUGCAGAGAGAAAAGUUACCAGUACAUUGUUGGAACAAGAUACAUCUACUGAAAAGUUGUAUAAAUUGAAUGAUAAUAUUACAGUGGCAGUGGCAGGGUUGACAGCAGAUGCUGAAAUUCUUAUAAAUACAGCGAGAGUGUUUGCUCAAAAUUAUCUGCAGACUUAUAAUGAGGAUAUUCCAGUUGAGGUUUUGGUCAGAAAACUAAGUGACAUAAAACAAGGUUACACUCAACAUGGUGGUUUAAGACCAUUUGGUGUUUCUUUUAUAUAUGCCGGUUACGACGAACGUCUGGGUUACCAAUUGUUCACAUCAAAUCCAUCGGGUAACUACACGGGUUGGAAGGCCAUUAGUGUGGGUGCUAACACUUCAGCAGCUCAAACCCUCCUACAAAUGGAAUUUAAAGACGAUAUUAAACUAGAAGGAGCCAUAGAACUUGCAUUGAAAACAUUAUCCAAAACCACCGACAGUAGUGCGUUGACAUACGACAGAGUUGAAUUCGCAACAAUUAAAAAAGGUGAAAACAAUAAAGUUUAUCAAAAAAUUUAUAAACCAGAGGAAAUCAAACAACUUUUAUCAAAAGCUGGCAUAACUAAGAAAAGUGAAGACGGUGAAGAUACAGCGAUGAAUUAA